AAUCGCAAACAAAUUCUGCUAUAACUCAUCACAUAACAGCUCACAACCAUGCCUUAAACAAUUUUACUGAUCACGCUGUAGAUAAAAAUAAAGAAGAAAAUAAUAAUCGCAUGUCUCAAAUUCAACCUUCAACAUCACCAAGAACUG